UUAUCUCUUCACCCAAAAAUCUUCCCUAUAUAAACCAUUCUCUCUCUUCGCUCGUUCGUCGAGACAGUUUUCAAUCAUUCUCGCCGGAGCUCAGACGUUAUCUACACCGAUCUCACAUCUCUCUUCGCCUUUUGAUUCUCUUCUUUUGUUUCAAUUUCUGAAAGAUGGCUAGCAAUGAGGAAGGGGAGGAAACUGCUCCUCGUGGAAAUGAGUGGGAAGUUGUAUCACUUACACAAUCAGCAUAUGCUGCUGCCCCUGGUCCAAAGCAGGUUGACCCGAAUGAUGAUGAUAAUAAUAGUAGUGCAGAGUAUGUAGCUGAGACUUCCCAGGCAAUGUUUAUGUCUGGUCACUUUGUCUUUCCACCAAGCCAGCAUGAGAAUUUGCCGUUGGAACCCGAUGUUAAUGAGAUCCGUAAUGAACAGGGAGGUGAAGAUGCUGCUCCAGAACUUGUUGCUGAUGAAGGGGGUAAAUCAGAUAUUUAUGAAGGAAGUACAAAAACUAAAAGUGCGAGCACUCCGGGAUCUCCUGGUAUUCAAUUUAUUGAUGAAAAAAAGGGUAACCUGUUAUUUAUUGGUGCAGAAUUUGAAGAAGAUGCUGCCCUGCAAGGCUUAAGUUUGGUAGACAAAGAGCAGAGUUUCCUUGGUACUGCUAACUAUAGUUCAUGCCAGAGUGAAGAACCCAUGGAUCUCUCAGCAACAACAGAGGAAACCAAUGUGCAUGCAGAACCAGUUGAACUCUUUUACCAGGGCUUAGACUCAGGCAUCUCAAAUUUGCCAAAGUCUAAAGAUGAAGAUGAUGAUGAUACAGCUAACCUUCCUUGUCAAGCAUGGUGGAAAAGAGGGGCUGCUUCCCUUGUGGCCCAUGCGAAAGACGCAAAUGCAUUCUGGUCUAUUUUCAUUGCUGCUGCUGUUAUGGGCCUUGUGAUUAUUGGGCAGACGUGGCAGCAAGAAAGGUGGCAGGUGUUGCAAACGAAGUGGCAGGUUGUCCAUGGGGAGAGGAUUGGCAGGAUGUUUGGUCCACUAUCUCGACUGAAAGAUGUGAUUGUUGGGGGUGAUCGCCGUGGUACCUUUAUCAGAGGGAGUGCACCAGCUCAACUUUAAGAUGAUGAUGACGAAAAUGAGUGAAUGAGGGGCCUUAUGCGAAUAUCUUUAUGGUUUGAUAGGGGCUUUAUAAGCAUGCACCUGGGAGUCUUGAUUGUUGGGUUAUAUUCGGGAAGUUGCAGCAGCCCUGUUUUAAUGUUGAUUCCCACGCUUGGCACUGUGCAGCUUAGAAUUAGCUACGUUCUGAAAACUAGUCUACAGAACUUCAUAUGUUAUACAAUUGUUCUCCAAAGGUUUAAGUUGUCUACUGUCUAGUUUUGCUCUUUUGAGGAUUUCAGAAGAGUUCACUGUAUUAUUUUCAUAAUCUAAUUUUUGAGAAGGGUUAGAAUUGUACGUCAUCUUGUACAUAUCUGGUGUCAGAUGGAUCGUUGAAUUUUACGUAUAAAGUUUGCUGGAAUUCCUGCUUACAAUUACAGUCUUUAUUUGUCCCA